UGAAGAGCUCUUCAGUCCAGGAGAGAAGGCAGACGGUGAGGUCAGCACUGUGGUGCAGUGCAGGAUAAAGGGUGAAUGCAGGAAAACAAAAAAAGAAAGAGGCUUUAGACGACAUGGAGAGACCAACGUUACAUUAACUGCCAAGAAUCCUCAUCGUGACCUUUAAAGAGGUUCCAGCCAUAAUUAUGACUUUGCGUCUGUCCCUGAGUGUCUGGGUGGGGAUGCUGGUGGUCAUGGCGGUGGCUCAUCUGCCUGGAGCUCUGCAGAAGUGUGUCUUUGAUGAGGUCCAGGCUGAGGUCACAGUGGUCAGAGCUGCACGGAUCCACCCGGACAGCCCACCCAGCGAGCCCAGACUCAGACCCCCGGUCGGGCAGGAACGACGGCCUCUGACCUCUGGGCGACAAACCGGUCGCCAAAGAUGGAGGACAUCGCCUCCGCUUGGCGUCUCGGUGAAACGGGGGAGCGCCGUGGGAGACACGGCACCGUCCACGUCUGCCUCUCCGCAGCCAAUCAGGAUCCGCACCUGGAUUCCAAGCGAGAGCGACGACCUGUCAGAUGCCGAGAAGGGCAAACUGAAGGCUGCAGUGGAGGAGGCCGUGAGGACGGUGUCUUCUUUACUGUCGGUGAACAGGGUUCUGGGUCACUUGCUUCUCAGCAGAGACGUCAACAAAUACUGCAAGUUUGUCUGGAGCGAUUCAAGAACUGCCAACUGCAACAGAUGUGGCCGAGCCAACAGCAACUACAGGAAUGAAACAUGUCUGGAUGUGACAAUCCCAGACGAUCACCUGGCUGGAUGCCAUAUAUACCCGGAGCCUGAUUCGCCUCGCAGGGCUGUUCUCAGACCCGAGGGUGCUGGACUCCCCGACGCCGACUUCCUGCUCUACCUCCACAUACAGGCCACGGACAAGUGUAGAGCAGAGCCCAAUGUGUUGGCCUAUGCUGUCCACUGCCAGACAGACGCCCACGGGCGACCACUGGCAGGGGUGGUAGUCAUCUGCAGGGACCGACUGACGGAGGCCGCAUACAACCACCAGGCGACAGUACAGACUGUGAUUCAUGAGCUGUUCCACGCACUCGGCUUCUCCAAAGAUCUCUUCCACACCUGGACAGACUGUUUGUCCUCUUCUCCAGUAGGUGCUGGAUGUUCACCUCUGGGGAAAGUGAUUCACUCUGACCGAUUGGGCCAGAUGAGGCUCUACACCCCGUCUGUUAUCUCCGCUCUACAGAAGCACCUGGCAUCAGCCGACCCUGAGCUUGGAGGGCCGCUGGAGAACCUGGGUGCACCAGCAGGCCGGGUGUCCUCUCACUGGGAGUCCCGGGUCCUGCGGGGGUCCAUCAUGGCAGCGGCGCUGGAGGACUCCGCCGCGGUCAGGAUCGACCCGGUCACUCUAGCUGCGUUACAGGACACGGGCUGGUACGCUGUCAACCCGAGCCGGGCUCAGAGUCUGGUCUGGGGUGAAGGUGAGGGAUCCACAUUCGGCUCCCUGUCCAGUUGCCAAGACAACUCCUCCUCCUUUUUCUGCACCGGCAGUGGACGUGGGUGUCAUUUUCUUCACCUCCACAAGGGGGAGUGCCAAACUGAUGCCUACCUGGAGGGAUGUGGAGUUUUUAAACCCCUCAAGAACGCAAGCGAAUGCUGGAAAAAGGAAAACACCAGGCAGUCGGCUGAAGGCGACCGGAGCGGGGAGAUUUUGGGCUUCAACAGCCGUUGCUUCUUCUCCAACCUGACCAGACAGAGACAGUUCCUCGUGUCAAGCAGCUCUGUGGAGGGCCGCUGUUACAGACACAGGUGUACUGGACCAAACAAGUACCAGAUCCAGGUGUCUGGCUCUGAGUGGGCGAACUGUCCAGCAGGGGGCGCAAUUCAGAUGAAAGGAUACCAGGGUUCAGUUUUCUGCCCGGACAGGAGGUUAUGCCUGUACCCUGACAUCACUCCUCCCUCAGAUGAUGUGAACACACUUCCUGCUUCUUACACGAGUGACCCCUCUGAGGUGUUGACCACAGCCCAGGACGGUACCUGGUCGCCCCUCCCUCCUCUGACAGAGCUCGGUGGGACAACAGCGCUCUGCUGCACCGCGGCCAUUUGUCUCCUGGCUGUGCUCGUGGUCGUGUCUCACAGGCAAUGUCGCUCCUGCAGCAACAGGGUCCACACUGUCCCCGAGCAUCACAGACAGUAACCUUUAAAAACUCUGACCAUAAACUUUCACCAUAAACUUGGGCAAGGUGUUGACAGAGGUACAUUAUUUUUGGGAUUUGAAUCUUUACUAUAGAGGAAUUUCUUGUUCUCUUGUUGCCUUGUGACUUGGUGAAAUAUUACAAAGUAAUAACGAGCUGAGGUUUUUUAGAUGAUUGUACGAACUGGUGCAUGAAUGAGUUUAGUAAUUACAGUUUGAAAAAUCAGGUUUUUAGAUUCAGAUAGUUUUUUUUAUAUAGAAAGACCUUCUUUGAUCAAUGCUAACCCUUCUUUUUUUGUGACAACAGGAUGAUAUUAACAUAUUGAUAACUUUUUCAUAAAAAACACUUUGAUUUUGUUGUUUUUCUUUAUGUUGAAUUUCUUAAAAAUUUUGUGACUGGUGGUAACAACGGCAAAAGCAGUUUGAUACGAGCUCCUGCUACCACAGACUUACAACUUUUUAACUUCUUUACAUACACAACAAAAAAAGUUAAGGAAACGGAAAAACGUACGUCUCCUUUCAAUCUCACCGUGGCUGCUCCUUCUUGUUAUUUGACUGACAAACACAUUGCAUUUACAGGCGCUACAUUGAAAAAAAAAAAAUAAAGACAACUCCUGUUUCGCCAGUUAAAUGUUUUUAAUGUGAAGCAGCAACAGUAGGAAACGUUCGGUUUGCAUUAGCAACAACUUAAUAGAGCUUUUUUUCCCAAGGGAUGUCGCCACAGACCCAAUUUAUAACACUGCAAAUACAUAAAUACUGCAGUACAUUCACCAAUAGGCCAUGGACUGAAUCACCAAUUUACCUCAUUCAGCGACAGAUAGUGAAUUAAAAGACAUUUAUUCAUAUGAAAA